AUGGCCCCCGCCGCCCGCCGCCUCGUCGCGCUCCUCAACGCCCUCCUCCUCAUGGCCGGCGCGACGGACGACGGCGAGGCUCGCGCGCUUCUGGCGCUGGACCCAUCGGGCCGGCUGCUCCCCCUGCAGGGGAAGGGGCUCGCCGGCACGCUCUCGCCCGCCGUGGCGGGCCUCCCCGCGCUCACGGGGCUCUACCUCCACUACAACAGGCUCCGCGGCGGCUUGCCCAGGGAGCUCGCCAACCUCACCGACCUCUACCUCAACGUCAGCAACCUCUCCGGGCCAAUCCCGCCGGAGAUCGGCGCCAUGGCAUCCCUGCAAGGUGAUUAA